UGACAGGCUUCCAGAAAGGUAUAGUGUGGUGCUUAUCUGUGGCUAGCGCGUAGUGUGGAGAUGGAGAUGGAGCUGGACGCGGAGAAGGCGGGGCUUAUCGACGCCGACACGUCCCGAGGCAGGCGCGGGUGCAGGCAAGGCAGACAAGGCAGGCAGGCAGGUGACUCCUCGCGCUUCGAGCUUCAGCUCCAUUCGGUCCUACAUCUAUGCCAUUGGUCACGCAUUGGUAGGAGCUAGGAGAGCAGAGUCACGAGAGCUUACGUUAUCCCCGCUCGACCCUCUGGCCCGCUCGUUGCUCCGUUGGCGGCUGCUGCUGCUGCUGCUGCGGGUAUUCGUCCUUGUCGUUGUCGUCGUCGUCGUCGUCGUCGUGCUUGAUGGAGGCUUGAUUGCUGACACGACCACGCCGAGCAACGCAGUCACGCGUCAUAGGCUACCGUCACGAUGCUCCGCUUCCAGUCAACGAGCAGCACGGCCACCGUUCGACGACACUCGUUGACAUCCUUAUCCAGCCCACUACCACUACCUUUGACCCUCCAUCAACCAUCCGUCAGCCAAGCCAUCCGUACAAGCGCCGCAUUUGCCCAAUCUCGGGGCUUCUGGGGCUGGCGGCGACCCAAAGACUACACCUCCCACCUCGAUCCACUCUACGCCCGCUUCAUCAAGUACCGCACCCUCAAGACACGAGCCAAGCUACUCGAGCGUCUCCGGCGUCGCGGCAAGUUCGAUUGGGACCUCGGGCAGAAACCCUUCUUCAGCCCCAAGCACAUCCGCUGCGCCUCCCACUUCAACGGCGGCGGUAACGGCCGUGGUCCGCGAUGGGCGCGCUACGACCCGGACGAAGUCGACCCGUCGAGGAAGCGGGAUGAGGUGGCGGAAGAGGGAGAUGGCUACGAGCUCAGCCAGCGGGAGAAGGAGUGGAAGGAGCGGAUGGAGCUCAUGCGGAAACGCAUCGAGAGUGACCCCUACGAAGCCAUCUUCGGCAAGAGGUUCGAGCCCUUCUGGAGCCCGUUGGUGCCAAGCUGGAUGCGGGAGGAGAUGGGUCUGCAGGGCUGGCCGAAGCCGCGGAAGAACUCCCCAACUUCUGCCGAGCCUGAGACGGUCAAGCCCAGGACCGAGAGCGUGGCGGAAGACUUCACGUCUGCAUAUGAGAAGAAGGCUGUCUCACCUGCAGGCAGUGCUCGGCAAGAAGACAAGCCUGAGCAAGUGGGCGAGUCUUACUCUUCAUACUCAUCUACAUCCUGGGAUUCAUGGUCGAACAAGGCGACGCGCACCGAGUGGGACUCUGCCUCCGGCAAGACGAAGCACUACGAGUACGACCCAGUAUCAAACCGGAUGGUGCAGGUUCCGAAACUGAAGGCUGCUGAGAAUGCUGAGCCCAAGAAGAUCGCGCCUGCCUCGGCCGUGGAGUUGAACAACGCUGCCGUAUCCUUGCAACGUAGCAGGGACAUGACUUCACUCAUCAACUCGCCGGCCAACAGUAAGGCGUUGCGAGUCCAACCGGAAUACCCGAAGCCGGUACCCAUUAUAUCGCCUUCUGCAUCUAUCCCGACCUCGAAGCCCAGCGCACCACCGUCGCCGAAGGCCGUCGACUCACCUUCGCCAACGCCGAAGACUGCUGCGAUUGCCGCUGAGAAGGAUGUCGACCAACUGACGGCGAACGAGGUUCGCGCCAGAAUGGGCAAGGUUACUCAUCCUUCGGCCGCUGCGGAGCAGCUCGCCAACACGAAGCUGUCCGAAUGGGACAAGGCCGAGGAUGAGGUGCUGUCUGAAGCAAACCUGAACCGCGAGAUGUUCGCCCUGCAACAGAGGAAGGCCUACCUACUGAGGCACCAGCAUGGUCUGUUCCAUAUCGAGAAGUCGAAGCGUGAGCUCGCCAAGGUGGAGCAGCAGAUGCUAGAGCUCGGUAAGCAGCACUCUGGCUCGGCUCCUGCUGCAGAGACGGAUCUACGACCGUCAUUGGCUGAUGAAGCGCGGGCUGCUCAAUUCAGUAUAGAGCCGAAGGGGGUGCGAGAGCCUGUUGAUACCUUGUCCAAUCUUGUCGAGCAGUCUCACAAGGUGUCCCAGCGGUUGCAAACAUCUCUGGACCGAGCAGCUACUAGCCCGAAGACUGCGCAGAAGGCUACAAUGCUGCAACCGGCUGUUGAGCGCAUGCAAUCGAAGGAGUUGCCCAAGCCGCAAGACCCUGACGAUGCCGCAGCACACGAGUCGACCGAGGCCGUCAUGUCGCCAUCAAGCGUGCCGAGGGAAUGGGCCCAGCAAGCCGACUUGCUGCAAGCCAACCGCGUCAAGCGUACAGCGGCCAAGCGGCCGUAUCCCAUGACACGCUGGGUCGACGACAUGGAGGCCCGCAAGGCUGCCUUUGAUGCGAAAACGGCACAGACAAAGGCUGUAGAUCCAGCGGCAGAAGAGAAGGCUAAGAAGCUGGAAAAGGCCAAUGCUCUGCUUGAAGCCGAAGUGAAGGAGCACAAAUUCCGCAUGCAAGCUCAUGAGAACAGGUACGCGCACAAAAUCCGCAGUCUGCGGCAGGAGCUUGAGACGGCGUACAAGCAGAGUGCGGUGCACAGUGAAAAGCAUGUUGAACGCAUUCGGUUCCUGGAGAAGGAGUUGGCGAAGGCACAGAGAGCCGCUGGCGACAGCCUAAAGCUCGUCUCAGCAGUUACGCCGGCGGAGCAGAAAGUGAAUGCCAUGAAGGAGAUGCAGGGUGAAGGCGACUUCAGCCCCAACAUCGCCAGUUUCGCCGGCAGCGGGAAGUGGUAUAAGCAGCCUACCGCUCCCGGCGCGGCUGCAUCAACGAAAGCCGAGAUCGAGAAGGUGGAGCAGAAAGCACGCGAUCAGGCGCUCGUGAAGGAAGUCCGGGAGAUCUAUGAGCGCGAGUACGGCGUGAUCGAUGCAAGCCAUCGGCAGCGGGUCUUCACCGGCUCCGAGGCACGAGUCUCUUCCACGAAGCCCAAGCAGGUGGUGGAGUUGGAGAGUGAUGUUGACCUUGGCGAGGCGCUGGCGGAGCAUGAGCGGAAACAAGGGUAUCAAUAUCAGCAGGAUGGGCUGGAGAAGGAGUUGGUUGCUAGAGCGAAGGAGGUUGAGGCGCAGCUGCAGCUGAAGAAGUCGGCGCGGUACGCAGUCAAGAAUGACGGGCUGGAGGCGGAGAUUGCGAAGCAAGAGCGGGAGGCGCAUGAGGCGCUGCGGUUGAUGCAGCCGGAGAGCAGUGGGAAGAUGAGGAGUGUCAUCUUUGAUGGCAUCAAGAGCGAGUUGCAGAGUGCGAGCACUGUCACCGCAAGCCCAUCGGAGCCAGCCAUUGUGAGCAACGCGAGUUCGACAGUCGUUCCACCGAGCGAAGCUUCAGUCCUAUGGGAGCACCCUCCCAUCUACAAAGUCCUCGCCUACGACGCCGGUAACGACAUCAUCACUAAGGCCACCACAACUGCCAACUUUACCGGCACGGAAACGGCCAUCAGCAUCCCGCAAGCACUGUCGCAGCUCUACCAGCCUGCUCGCUUCGUCACGCAUUUCGCCGAACUGCAGCAAGAAGGGUGGCAAGUCAUCUACGCCGCCCGCGAUCUGCUCGUCUUCCGCAAGGUACAGAUGCACGCUGCUCCGAAGCAAGAGCCGUUGCCGGAAGAGGAUUGGCCCGCUUACGGCAAGUUGUGGCAAUCUACGGGCAUACAUGAUCAUGGCCUCGUCAAGCCGAAGGAGAACGCAUUGGCGCAAGAAGCGGCCGAGUACUACGAUAAGUAUAAGCCGGAGCCCAAGGCCUAUGAUCCGACGAGCAUUGAGAACGGCAAGCUGAUGCCCAAGGAGAACGCCAUGGCACAGGAGGCGGCGAAUGCCUAUGAUGCUGCACGGAUGAGCAUUAACCCCAUUGAUGGCACGUCGGGUAGGGUGACGGAGACGGGAUCGAGGCCAGCGACGGGAAACUUUGCGAGUCCGACCGGGUUUGUGAACCACGAUCCUGUAGUGGAAGUCUCGUCCACGGUGGAGGAGCAGCAGAGCAAGGUCAAGGACGCCAUGAAUACGAAGGACUCGCCGUCAACGAGUACUGCGACGGUCGCCUGGCAGGACGAAGACGUUGACUAUGUGCACUACCCUCGCGUUCGUAGGCAAGAGCGCGUCUUCUCCGGUACUCGGCCAUCGCCGAGGAGAUGGAAUGAACGCCACGAACGCCAUCACCGCCGUGAGGAGCGUGAGCGCGAGCGGAAAGGCAGCGGAGCGUUGAAGUGGGCGAUUGGGACUGGGCUGGGGUUCGCCACCGUGGCUUAUACGGUUGGUGUACUUGCGGAGAAGACGAGGGAGGAGGAGAGGAAGAGGGUUGGUGAGAACUUGUGGGAGCGGUAUGAUCAGGAGAAGAGGAAUGCCAGGUGGAGGAUUGAUACUGGGAAGUGGGAGUGAGUAAGAAAGGUGAAGUGAAGCGGUCUGGGUGGAAUGAGAAAGAACUGGUCGAAGAUGGCUCGUUUGGAUGAUACUAACGGGUUCUUGCAAAGGCGACAUGGCGUUUGGCGUGGUGAACGUUGGCAACGGCGUCUUUGGGCGUUACAGACCGAACUGCUGGGUGGGUGCUUUUUAGAUACUCAGCUCAAGUGCUGUAGAUGAUGGUCAAUGAGAGACGAGUUUCCGCUCCUUAUCACAUCCG